AUGUCUUCCCUAUCACGUGGACAGCGGCGUCUGCUGCGAUAUGCCACAAAUGACGAGGAUGUGAAACGUUUGAAGCGGAAACGUGCAGAGGAGGUGGCACCAGUGCUGCAGCAGCGGAAACAAAAACAACGUUGUAGUCUCAACAAGGAAAAAGAAACAGCAGAGACAUCAAAGGUAGAUUUACCACUAUGCAGCGAAGUGCUUGAGUAUGUGCAGAAGCAUUGCCCCACCGCCCCACGUAAACUUCGACAGAAUCAACUACGUCUUGUGAGGGAUCUCAGUAGUAAUAAUAGUAGUAAUACUGGUGUUAGCAGUAGCAGCAGUGGCAAUAAUGACGAUCAUGUUGGAAUGGAGAAAGAAGAUGCAUUUUAUGUAAAGCGAAUGGAAAUAGUGGAGCGUCUUGAUGUUUUUGCUGUAGUAACAUUGGCAGCAUUACAAAGACGUGCACUUCACGUAGGACCCAAUUCGCUUGGUGCCUCUCUAUUAAUUCUUGUGGAAAAUGAUGCCAGCGCAACCGCAUUAGCCUCUUAUAUGAAGAAAACAUUCCACAUUAAACAUACACUCGUUCUGGAUGGUUCUCGAUUUCCAACAUAUCCAACUGUUAAUGAUAAUGAUGAGGAGACAACGGAACUUGGUGAACGUACAGUGGUUGUAAUUGCCUCUAUUCAAUCAUUUCUCGCAGUAGAUGCACGAAGUGCUGUUUGGAAAUUCAUUGGAGCUUAUGCAGUUCUUUUGAGAUCACCGACUGGUACAAAUGCAUUUCUUAAGUCUAUGAAGGAUGAAGAGAGUCAAGAGUUUUUUGAAAAGUUGUGUCGACAGCGUUGGCGUUGUUUGGGCCACGCGCGUAUGGCUGCUGUGAUUGCACCCUCGCGUAACGCACUCCUCGCUCCUCUGGCUGAUAUUUUAACAACAGCAGCUCCUACUAUGGAGGAGGAGAACAAUACUACUAUUACUACUACUACUACUAAUAAUAAUAAUAAUAAUAAUAAUAAUAAUAAUAAUAAUAAUAAUAAUAAUAAUAAUAAGAAUGAUAAGAAUAAGAAUAAGAAUGAUAAGAAUACUACUAGCAACGGUAACGGCAAUAAUAAACAAGAAACAGAAGUCGCUGCUACCACUACUACUACUACUACUACUAUAAUGCGUUCCCCUGUUACAAUGCACUACGGUGUUGUGGAAGGUACUCACCGAUUUCAAACACUGUAUACAAUUUUAAUGAAUCUCCGUUCUGGACAAGGUGUUGUGGUACAUUUCGCUACCAAAGAGGCUACUCAAUUCAUGUAUGAUGUCUUGUAUGCGCUAGGGGAGCUGCCAUCAUCUUUGUUAUUACUUACAGAUUAUGAAGGCAGUAGUUCUUACGCUUCUGUACAGGAUAAUGAUGAAGAUCGACGACGCCUAUGUGCUCAAUUUGACAAGACUAUUGCAGAAUCUUCUAAUCAGGAGUCUUCAAAUAAUAAGAAAAAAGAUCGAGUGGUGUUACUUUCUGCUUUUGGUCUUGUACCUCAAAGGGGUACUAUUUUUCUUCAAUAUGAUAUUAUGGUGGAUAUUGUGAAUUUCACUCAAUUUGUCAGUGAUGUUCUUACACCAGCUGCUUAUAAUGAUGCAGCCCUGGAUCCAGCUAUGCGACGCCGCUCCCGUACACCUCCUCCUGUAGUGGAGCGUAAAGGAUCAAAAGGAUCUUCUUCAAAGAAUACAAAUACUUCUGGUGGGACAUCGUCUAAUGUGAAUUCAACAGUUCCUCCAAAAGUCAUGUAUCAACACAUUCUACUCUUACUGCGCCAAAAUGAAUUACAAGCGGCUCUUCCAUACCUCCAAACACCCGCAAAACGACUUAAUAUUAACAUUGAGCCUAUGCCUCAACUGCCCUCCACCACACGCUAUUUACUCUCCGUACAGAGAAUACAGUCCUUACAUAAGAAGCAGUUUGCCAUUCAAAACGCCGCCUACGCUGCCUACCGUGCUACCAUGCUGCUCUACUCACUGGUGGGACCCGCGGAUGUUUACGAUGCCCGUCGCGUGGAUCUCACACGUGUGGCCGCAGAGUUCGGAUAUGCCGCAGCGCCUAUUUUGGAUCUUCGCACACGCGAAACGGAGUUCCGCCCACGCGAAGAUAUUUACCGCGCUGCACGGGAACGCAUGGCACUCGAACGUCGCCGCACACGGGCCUACGCGGAGACGCACAUCAUUGGAGAGGCACCAGAGGAGCACAUCGCUGAUGAGGAGACAAACGGGGAUGAAGCGGUGAAUAUGGGAUAA